AUGGAGGAAAUAGUGAAUAUAUAUCGGGAGCUGUUCACAACAUCCAAUCCUCUGCUCACUAGUUGCAAUCUUGAUGGAAUCCCUUGCACCAUUACAGAGGAGAUAAACCGAGAACUCACCUUACCUGUAGAAGAAGAGGAAAUCAUAAGGGCUUUGAUGGAAAUGCACCAUCAUAAAUCCCCCGGCACUGAUGAUAAAUCAUCUUUAAUUCAAGUGUCGACCCUUUGUGCCUCCUACAAAAUUUCACCAAAGUUUGUAACUUUUGCCUUAUUGCUCGCUCCAAGAUUGGAAGGAGCAAUGAUGGGGGUUGUGAGCAAGUUCUUUAUAGCAUCUGUGCUUAUGUGGGCGGCUCCUAUUGCCAUUAUUUAUGGAUUCAACCAUAAUUUGUUCCCUGGUUCGACUAGAUUGUCUCCCGAGUCCAUGACCUUGUGGAGUGGGCUUCUGGCAGUCGUGUCGGUCAAUGUAGUUAUAGUGCUUUACAUUUACUCGGCCAUGAAAGAGCCCUCAGACAAACAUGAGCCAGAUGCUAAAUUCCUGGCGGAUGCAAAGGCCAGCAUAAAGCAGCCUGCGACAACUGAAGCCGGGUCAUCUUCAGACCGUGCAAAACAAGAAUAG